AGCAUGUGUUGGAAGCUGUUCAUAUUGAUGAAACAAGGAUGUACAAAGUCCUAUCACAUGGUUGGUUUGGCAUGCCGGAAGCUGUCAUAAUUACAUUAAAGGAUGUUGAUAAAUGGUCUUUUGAUAUACUUGCCUUAAAUGAAGCAGGUGGAGAACACAGUCUGAAGCUUAUGAUUUAUGAGCUGUUUACCAGAUAUGAUCUUAUCAUUUCAAGAUUCCUAUUUCUUGCCUAAUUUCCUUUGCAGAAGCUUUAGAAGUUGGUUAUAGCAAGUACAAAAAUCCUUAUCACAAUUUGAUUCAUGCAGCUGUCACUCAAACUGUACAUUACAUAAUGUACUUCAUACAGCACUGGAAUUUUUCCUACUGGAAAUUUUAGCAAUGGCCUUUGCUGCUACCACCCAUGAUUACAAACAUACAGGAACCACAAACAACUUUCAUAUUCAAAAAAGGUCAGAUAUUGACAUUUUGUACAAUGAUCACUCUGACCUUGAGAAUCACCAUGUAAGUGCAGCUUACAUAAUGCAAGAAAAAGAACUGAUUGUCCUGAUAAAUGUAUCCAAAGAUGACCAGAGGGAUCUUCGGAAUCUAGUGAUUGAAAUGGUUUUGUCUACAGACAGGUUGGGUCAUUUCCAGCAAAUUAAAAACAUAAGAAAUAGUUUGCAGCAGCCUGAAGGGAUUGACAAAGCCAAAACUACAUCCCUGAUUCUCCAUGCAGCAGACAUCAGCAACCCAGUCAAAUCCUGGAGGCUGCACCACUGGUGGAUCAUGGCCCUGAUGGAGGAGUUUUUCCUACAGAGAGCUAAAGAAGCUGAAUUAGAGCUUCCAUUUUCUCCACUUUGUGAUCAGAAGUCAACAUUGGUGGCCCAGUCACAAAUAGAUUUCAUUGAUUUUAUAGUAGAGCCAACAUUUUCUCUUCUGACAGACUCAACAGAGAAAAUUAUUAUUGCUCUUCUAGAGGAAGCCUCAAAAGCAGAAACUUCUUCCUAUGUGGCAAGCAGACUAUCCAAUAUGAAAGGCCCCAUGAACAAUGGAACCUAUGUUCCAGACUACUCCCUUCAAAGUAGGACCUGAAGAGCUUCAAAAACAACCUGGUGGACAUCAUCCAGCAAAACAGAGGUGGAACGAGUUAGCUGCACAAGGUGAACCUGAUCUUCGUAGGAACUCAGAGGAUGUAAAAGCUGAAGAAAAACAUGCUGAUACACAGUCCAAGGU